CCCUUCUAGACCACCUCCUAGAGAGGACCCCCACACAACACGCCAGAUGGAGUUCAGCAGUGGCCGUGCAGCACCACCUCCCCCCAGCGUUAGGGCUCAGGGGAUGUACCCUGCACCCCGCUCCAUGUCUGCUGUGGUCCCAGAGGGGGGUGAUGACACCCUGAUGCAGGCCAUCCUCAACCUGGACAGAGGAAGGAAAGGCCCCUUGCCUCCCCUGAGAGCAGACGUCCCCCCCUCCCCCCACAGCCGGUCCGGCUCCACCGUCAGUAGCAAGAGCUACUCUCCUGACAGAGGCAAGGGUCUCCCCCACCUCGCCCAGCAGAAAA